AUGGGAAAAACUACAAAAGUUGUUGUAUGUGGAAUGAAAGGAGUUGGAAAAACUGCAAUUUUGGAACAAGUAAUUUAUGGGAACAUAACUAGCCAAUCUGAGCUUCAUCCUACAAUCGAAGACAUCUACGUUGCCAACAUAGAAUCGGACAAAGGAGCUAGAGAAAAAGUACGUUUCUAUGACACCGCAGGCAUCGAAUAUUCCCAAACAGCUACAGCUAAUGGAACCACGGGCCAGCAGCUCCUAAGGCACUAUUUAGUAUUAGCUGACGGAUACGUUUUAGUCUAUGAUACCGAUAAAAUUAAUUCAGUAGAUGUACUAAUGUCUAUUAAAAAAGAUGUCGAUAAAAAUAAGGACAAAAAAGAGGUCACUAUAAUAGUUAUAGGCAAUAAGACAAAAGAAACUGACAGCGCUGAGAGCCAAUCGGUUAUCAAUAAAGCAACCGAUUGGUGUAAUAGGGAAAAAUUGAGGCAUUUUACAGCUUCGGCAAUGCAAAGGUCCAGCCUUUACGAACCAUUUGUCUAUAUUACAAGCAAGUUAAAUCCACCUCCUAGUAAAAGUACUUUCACUCCUCUAUCCAUGGGAAGAAAAGUGGAACAAUGGGAUCUAGUAGGUAAUAAUAAUCAUUUCAGUAAUAAUUUGUACGUGAGCAGCUAA